CUAAUCCAGUGCCUUCUGUCAUAUCUCAAGAGUUUCAGAAGGCUUGGAAGCCACAGGGGAAGGUGAAUGUACUAUGCCAGUGAGCUAUACAAUAUGUACAAAUUACCAUUUUCUCACUAGUAUCAGGUUAGGACUUCUUGCUACCACUCCUGCUUUGGUGGUGAUGCAGUUCUAAAAGAAAUCUUAAGAACAAUCUAGCAGAAAUGGGUGAGGUAAAUAAAGAUGCCGUCGAAAAAUACUUGGAGAACAAUCCCCAGUUUGCCAAGGAGUAUUUUGACCGAAAAAUGAGGGCAGAAGUUCUGGGAAGUAUCUUUAAGGUGAGCCCUGGAGAUGUGAAGGAAGGAGUCAGCUUCAAAGAUAUGUCCCGCCUGGAGGAGUGUAACAUACUUUUUGAGCUCCUAACAGAAAUCCAGGAUGAAGAAGGCACUAUGGAAAAGACAGUGCACAAGACCCUGCAGAGGCUGGCACAGCUGCUGGCAGCUGAUCGGUGUAGUAUGUUUGUUUAUCGUUCCCGAAAUGGUAUUCCAGAGGUAGCCACCAGGCUUCUUGAUGUCACUCCAACUUCCAGGUUUGAGGACAAUUUGGUGAACCCAGACAAUGAGACUGUUUUUCCUCUGGACAUCGGGAUAGCAGGAUGGGUUGCUCACACCAAGAAGUUUUUUAAUAUACCUGAUGUGAAAAAGAACAACCAUUUUUCUGACUUUCUGGACAAAAAAACUGGUUUUACAACAAUCAGUAUGCUGGCAGUCCCAAUUUUGCAGGGUAAAGAGGUGCUUGCCGUUGUGAUGGCACUCAACAAAUUAAAUGCCCCUGAGUUCUCAAAAGAGGAUGAAGAGGUCUUUAAAAAAUACUUAAAUUUUAUAUCUUUGGUCCUACGAAACCAUCAUACAACAUAUCUCUACAAUAUUGAAUCCAGAAGAAGUCAGAUGCUUUUGUGGUCUGCCAACAAAGUAUUUGAAGAGCUAACAGAUAUAGAACGGCAGUUUCACAAAGCACUGUACACUAUUCGCAUGUGUUUGAAUUGUGAAAGAUACUCUGUUGGUCUGCUGGACAUGACAAAAGAGAAGGAAUUCUAUGAUGAGUGGCCAAUCCGGCUGGGGGAGGCAGAGCCUUACAAAGGCCCCAAGACACCAGAUGGACGAGAAGUCAACUUUUAUAAGAUUAUUGACUAUAUUUUACAUGGAAAAGAAGAAAUCAAAGUCAUUCCGUCUCCUCCAGCAGAUCACUGGUGUCUUAUCAGUGGAUUGCCAACAUAUGUAGCUGAAAAUGGCUUUAUUUGUAACAUGAUGAAUGCACGAGCAGAUGAAUAUUUCUCAUUUCAGAAAGGACCAGUGGAUGAGACUGGAUGGGUUAUCAAAAAUGUCCUGUCAUUGCCUAUUGUCAACAAAAAAGAAGAAAUUGUGGGAGUUGCAACAUUUUACAAUAGGAAAGAUGGAAAACCUUUUGACGAGUAUGAUGAACAGAUUAUUGAAACUCUCACACAGUUCCUGGGGUGGUCUGUUUUAAAUACUGACACUUAUGACAAAAUGAAUAAGCUUGAAAACAGGAAAGACAUUGCUCAGGAAAUGCUUAUGUACCAGACAAAGGCCACCCCUUCUGAAGUUGAAUCUAUACUGAAAUACAAGGAGAAAUUAAAUGUAAAUAGUAUAGAAGAAUGUGAUCAAAAGGAUCUUAUCAGGAUUUUGAAAGAAGAAUUACCUGAUCCAAAAGAUUUAGAACUGUAUGAAUUCCGCUUCAGUGACUUUCCCGUUACAGAGCAUGGCCUAAUAACUUGUGGAAUACGACUGUUCUUCGAGAUAAAUGUUGUUGAAAAGUUCAAAGUCCCAGCUGAGGUCCUUACAAGAUGGAUGUACACAGUCAGGAAGGGUUAUCGAGAUAUCACUUACCAUAACUGGCGACACGGAUUCAAUGUGGGACAAACAAUGUUUACUCUGCUGAUGACAGGCAAAAUAAAGAAAUACUAUACUGAUCUAGAAGCCUUCGCUAUGGUUGCUGCUGCUUUCUGCCAUGACAUUGAUCACAGAGGGACCAACAACUUGUAUCAAAUGAAGUCAGCUGCUCCGCUGGCAAAACUUCAUGGCUCUUCCAUUUUAGAAAGGCAUCAUCUAGAGUACAGCAAAACCCUACUGCAAGAUGAGAGUUUAAACAUCUUCCAGAACCUAAACAAGCGCCAGUUUGAAACUGUUCUACACUUAUUCGAAGUUGCAAUAAUAGCAACUGACCUGGCUUUGUAUUUCAAGAAAAGAACUAUGUUUCAAAAGAUUGUGGAUGCAAUUGAAAAAAUGGAAACAGAAGAGGAGGCAAUUAAAUAUAUAUCUAUUGACCCAACCAAAAAAGAAGUCAUCAUGGCUAUGAUGAUGACUGGAUGUGACCUGUCUGCAAUAACCAAGCCUUGGGAAGUGCAAAGUAAGGUUGCCCUCAUGGUUGCAAAUGAAUUCUGGGAGCAAGGUGACCUGGAACGAACUGUGCUACAGCAACAACCAAUUCCUAUGAUGGACAGAAACAAAGGAGAUGAACUACCUAAGCUCCAAGUUGGUUUCAUAGAUUUUGUGUGUACAUUUGUGUACAAGGAAUUCUCAAGGUUUCACAAGGAAAUUACACCUAUGUUUGAUGGUCUUCAAAACAACAGGGUGGAAUGGAAAACACGAGCUGAUGAAUAUGAAGAGAAGAUGAAAAUUAUUGAGGAACAAAAGAAAAAGGAAGAAGAAGCAGCUGCCAAAAAAGGUGGAAAGGGUCGAAAAUGACCUAGUAACAUGGUGAUCCACAGCUUUCAAAUCUGAAGAUGCAGCUGGAGGUGGUGGUGGUGGUGGAAGUGGAGAGGAUGGAAAAUCCAAAACAUGUAUACUUUUGUAAUUCUUUGUCUCAGACUGAUUCUGCUACAGAAAAGACAUCUAGAAAGAACUUCAAUGAGCCCCAGUGGAUUUCUGCUUUGCAUAGAAUAGUAUAGAUUGAUCUCUUAACAAUCCUCUUAAACUCUUGCCAUUUGUUGGAAAUAAUUUUUAAUGGAGUAAACAGUUACAAUUAAAAACUGGAAAAUUAAAAGAAAAAAUAAUGGUGCAAAAUGAGUUAAAUGCGCUAUAGUUAUUUUUUCAUGUCACUCCAUUUAUAUACAAGUAUUUUUAUUAAAAUAUGUAACUUCUGCACACUGUUCAGGAAAAAUAUAAAUAAUUUUGACAGUUCGUAUGUGAAAUUACUGAAUGAAAUCUAACAUGUACAAUUCAAAAAAAUUGCUACUUUCGUAACUUGUAUAUUUAGAUUUUUAUAUUAUGUGUAUUUCAUUAAUCUGGGAUUGUGUCCUUUUCCUUCAUUCUCAAUACUAUAUAAAGUUCUAGAGUAAACAUCUCUUUCACUUUAGGAAUGCUCAACACAAUUCCCUGGCUCAUACCUAUAGAAAGAAGGCCAAGGGUACCCAGUACUUUUUCAAAACUACCAAGGAUAAAUAUGAAUUGUAGCCAUUGCUCAGAGAAACCACUCUUUUGCCCAUAUGCAAAUAGCUCUGCCCACAGUUCCCAAACUGACCAACUUUUAAUGUAAAAAUUGAAAAAGGCAGACCAUAAACAUCAUACUUUGGGUACAAGAGUUUACUAAGAUACCUAUACCAUAUCUCUAGAGCAGGAUCUAUAUUCAAAGGCAUUUAAAAGGCUCACAUACUCCCAAUGCACAUUUUUUUAAAAAUGCAGUAAAUGAAAGUGUCUGAAAACCAAUGAACUGGCACCAAUUUAAUCUUGGGAGGGAGAGGACAGCAGAAGUAAAGCAAAUCAGAAUUCACAUUAUCUCCCUUUCUACAAACAAGAGGACAGACGGCACACAAAUUAGCUCUUCGUAAACAACAAUCUCCCUACCAAAGCCUUCAGUUCUUGAUGAAUGGCAGAGUCCACUCCAUAUCUUCCACUCAGGUCUCACGAAGCCAGCUCCUUCUGCAGAUGAAGGAACAAAAAUGGGUAGUUAUAUUAUGCACAGAUCUGAGCAUUCACUGGAACCAGUUCCAAAUCUAAAAGGAAAUAGACAUCAAAUGCAAUUCCUGCAACAAACAAGUCUGACAUGGAGACUCAAUCCUGCCACCUUUUUUCACCCCUUCAAGAAAGCAGACCCAAUCUUUUUUUUUUUUUUCUCAAAACGGCCCUUAGCAUCCACAGAGAAGGGAGAAU